GGAAGUCGCUUACCUCUAUAAACCUCGCCGAAGAAGAACUAGAAGUGGCGGCAUUGGUCUCUAUGCUUAACGCUGGAUGACAAACCUCGUGUUUUAGAAAUGUCAGCCAGUUUAUAAAAAAAAGCCUGAUUCACUGAGGGUUUUCCAAGAGAAAAAAAAUAUUCCGUGUCGUCUAAAAAUGUUCGUAGCUCGAAGUAUUGCGGCCGAUCAUAAAGAUCUCAUCCACGAUGUUUCCUACGACUUCCAUGGCCGGAGAAUGGCGACUUGCUCCAGUGAUCAAAGUGUGAAGGUGUGGGACAAAACAGAGAGCGGGGAGUGGCACUGUACAGCCAGCUGGAAGACUCACAGCGGCUCGGUGUGGAGGGUGACGUGGGCCCACCCCGAAUUCGGGCAGGUGUUGGCCUCCUGCUCCUUCGACCGGACAGCCGCCGUGUGGGAGGAGAUCGUCGGCGAGUCCAAUGACAAGCAGAGAGGCCAGAGCCAUUGGAUCAAACGCACCACGCUGGUGGACAGCCGCACCUCGGUGACAGACGUGAAGUUUGCCCCCAAGCACAUGGGCCUGAUGCUGACCACGUGCUCGGCUGACGGUGUGGUGCGCAUUUACGAGGCGCCGGAUGUCAUGAACCUCAGCCAGUGGUCCCUGCAGCACGAGAUCUCUUGCAAGCUCAGCUGCAGCUGCAUCUCCUGGAACCCCUCCAGCUCCCGCGCCCAUCCCCCCAUGAUCGCGGUGGGCAGCGACGACAGCAGCGUGACGUACACCGGCAAGGUCCAGAUCUACGAGUACAGCGAGAACACGCGGAAGUACGCGAAGGCGGAGACGCUGGUGACCGUGACGGACCCCGUGCACGACGUGGCGUUCGCCCCGAACCUGGGCCGCUCCUUCCACGUGCUGGCCAUAGCCACCAAGGACGUGCGCAUCUUCAAGCUCAUCCCGCUGCGGAAGGAGAUCUCCUCGUCCACCGGGCCCACGAAGUUCGAGGUGCAGAUCGUGGCCCAGUUCGACAAUCACAACUCGCAGGUGUGGCGAGUUAGCUGGAACAUAACCAGCACCUUGCUGGCCUCCUCGGGGGACGACGGCUGCGUGCGUCUCUGGAAAGCGAACUACAUGGACAACUGGAAAUGCACAGGGAUCUUGAAGGGGGACGGCAGCCCUGGGAACGGCUCCUCCGGGCAGCCCGGGGCCCUCGGCACUGCGGGGGGCACUUUGGCUGCAGCCUCUCAGAAUUCCCUUAACGGGACCUCGGUGGGAAGAAAGAAAGCUCAGCUGCUCCCAGGCUAAAGGGGUAAUUUCCCAUUUUGCUGCUUGUUGUAUGCACACACAGGAACGGGAAGAGGGCCCCCUUUUCCCCCCCUCUGCGCAGACCGACCUCCCCAAAGCCAUUCCACCAGCCCACGUAUUACUAAUGCAGGGUGGGGCGCGUCUGUCCGCUCACAAAACGCGGAUCAAAGUUUUUUUNCCCCCCCCCCCCCAGUUCUGUUCAGACAAGGGACCAUUUCAAAUUUACAGAAGACGUUCCACUUUCUUCCGGUUUAGCACCGACAUUUUAAUGGCUCUGAUGACUUCAGAGCUAAAUUAACAGUGUAAUAGUUUAAAUUCGGUACCAGACGACGGAUGUUGAACCCCAGUGGGAAUGAAGGCACCAGCCCUGAGCUGGAUAAUUGAAGAGUAACUCUUACUUGCUGUUUCUCCACAUUUACCUGUGUGAUGAUCUUCUGUUCGCCGUCUUGUACAUUGACAACAGUGUCAGGAAAGGGGAGGUCAUCAGUGAACUCUCCUUGGUUAGGAACCUUGUGAGAAAGUGUCUUCAGAGGACUUUUUGAAUAAAGAUUUGGGGAAACAAAAGAUUUAGUGUCCUAACAGAUUCUUGGUGUUUUCUUUUGUAUGUUUAAAAUAAAGACCAGAACUGAAUAGAUUUAUGCAAUAAAAACUUCUCCGUGUUGUA